GCCAACUCUCUGGUUUUGGCCAUCGGCGCUAGGAGGCAGCUACGACACCGCUUUUUGUUGAGUGCUUGCGUGUGGCUUGAUCACGCCUCCAACCGGAAGUCGACGGAAGGAAACCCAGACUGGCGCAAAAAAGCAACAAGGUCGUCGUCUGCGCGGCAGUCUCCAGGCACAAACAUCAAGGCACAGAUGAAGAUCUGCAACCUCUCUCUUGGCAAACUGUGGCUCCCUGGCUUGUUUGCGUUUCCACAAGCUCCACCUAUGGUGUAA